CACAUUCCAGGAUUUGACGUUGACGUGGGACCGCUGUUCCAAACACCAGCAGAAGCUGCUCGACAAGCUGUCGAUGCCGACGUACACGUAAUUGGAGCUAGUAGUCUUGCGGCUGGACACCUAACACUUGUACCUCAGCUGGUUGAAGAACUUGCCAAGUUGGGAAGAGAGGACAUCCUCGUGAUUGUUGGUGGUGUGAUUCCUCCGCAGGAUUACGAUGCCCUCUACAAAGCUGGUGCAUCCCUAAUUUUUGGACCUGGAACGAGACUACCGUCUUGUGCCAACCAGGUUUGA